UAGAUCUAGUCUGUCUACAGCCAAUGAUAUCUCGCGGUACCUGCUCUUUAGGCUUUAUUCCACCGCGGACAAAACUGGGAAAGGUGUUAAUCGGAGUGGAGUGAAUUCCGGGCAGUUUUUUUGGCAGCCCAUCUUAGGCUUAAGAUAAUACAUUUAUUAAUUAGAGGUAUACAUUUAGUCGGUGAGCACUGAGCAUUACACAAAACUAUAUUAGAAACAAGGACGAGUGACGUCGUUGGCAAAGGAGACCUAGAAACCCCCUGCUAGUGAGUUAGCUUGCUAACAAAGAAAACCUUUUCUCAUUUGAAGUGAUCCACACUAUCUACUUUAGUUAUGAGUCAUGUGGUCGUCGACAAUUCACACGGUCUAGAGCAGCAGCUUGCUGUCCUAGACUUGAACUCUGUGGACGUACAGGGUGGUGGAACAGGCAGGCGUUACAUUCCGCCUCACUUGAGAAACAAAGAGGCUUCUAAAAAUGCAGGAAAUGCUUUUCCCUCUGGUAGACAGAGCAGUUAUUCAGUGCCACCAGUAAGGAGCUGUUACCCAAGAUACCAAUCCCAGGAGAUUUCCUAUUAUCACAGCUACGGUGGUGGCUGGUCCGAGAGAUGUGUCUCCCCGGCCUAUACUGACACCAGUGUGACGAUGGACGGAAAUGACGACACGUCAAGUGUCUGCAGCUGGGCUGAUCGCUGUGAUUCCCCAGGAUGGGAUGGUGGGCGCAGCAACGGCUUUGUGAAUGGCUACCAUGACAACCGGAUGAAUGGCGGCGGAAACAACUUUGGGCGUGGCCCACCUCGUAACGACGGAAGGGGAGGCGGGCGUGGCGGUUUCCGUGGAAACCGUGGCGGCACCUUCACCCAGCCCAUGCACAAUGCAGUACCUUAUGGAUAUGAAAACAAAGAUGGCGGCUGGAACGCAGGGGUCAACAGGGAUGCCUACAGUAGCUUUGGAGCACGGACUGACCGUGGCAAAUCUGCUUUCUUUAACGACAGAGGCACUGGGUCCAGAGGAAGGUACGAGCGCGGUGGCUUCAGUGCCGGAGGGAACAGCCGCUGGGUGGAAGAAUCCAGAGAUGAAGAGGACUGGUCCAAACCCACCCCUCCCAACGAGCGCCUGGAACAUGAGCUGUUCGCUGCCAGCAACACAGGGAUUAACUUUGAGAAGUAUGACGACAUUCCUGUGGAAGCCACUGGCUCCAGUUCCCCUCCUCACAUCGAGAGCUUCCAUGAUGUGGACAUGGGGGAGAUCAUCAUGGGCAACAUCGCUCUGAGCCGCUACACUCGGCCCACCCCGGUGCAGAAGUACGCCAUCCCCAUCAUCAAGGCCAAGAGAGACCUGAUGGCGUGCGCUCAGACAGGCUCUGGGAAGACUGCAGCCUUCCUGCUGCCCAUCCUCAGUCAGAUCUACACAGAGGGCCCUGGAGAGGCCCUGCAGGCUGCCAAGAACAGUGGGCAGGAGAAUGGGAAAUAUGGACGCCGCAAGCAAUUCCCCAUUUCGCUGGUGCUGGCACCAACCCGUGAGCUGGCCCUUCAGAUCUACGACGAGUCCCGCAAGUUUGCCUACCGCUCCCGCGUGCGGCCGUGCGUGGUGUACGGCGGGGCCGACAUCGGGCAGCAGAUCCGCGACCUGGAGCGAGGCUGCCACCUGCUGGUGGCCACGCCCGGGCGUCUGGUUGACAUGAUGGAGAGGGGCAAGAUCGGUCUCGACUACUGCAAUUACCUGGUCCUGGAUGAGGCUGACCGCAUGCUGGACAUGGGCUUUGAGCCCCAGAUCCGCCGCAUCGUAGAGCAGGACACCAUGCCCCCGAAAGGGGUCCGCCACACUAUGAUGUUCAGCGCCACCUUCCCCAAGGAGAUCCAGAUCCUUGCCAGAGACUUCCUGGAGGAGUACAUCUUCCUGGCUGUGGGCCGCGUAGGCUCCACCUCUGAGAACAUCACCCAAAAGGUGGUGUGGGUUGAGGAGAGCGACAAGCGCUCCUUCCUGCUGGACCUGCUCAAUGCCACAGUCAUUCCCAGUGAGGUUCAGGAAAAUGCAGGCGAGGCUCCAGAGAGACCCGGUAAAGACUCGCUCACACUAGUGUUUGUGGAGACCAAGAAGGGGGCCGAUGCCCUAGAGGACUUCCUCUACCGUGAGGGCUAUGCCUGCACCAGUAUCCAUGGCGACCGUUCCCAGAGAGACCGUGAAGAAGCACUGCACCAGUUCCGCUCCGGACGCUGCCCCAUCAUGGUUGCCACUGCGGUGGCUGCCCGUGGGCUGGAUAUCUCUAAUGUGAAGCAUGUCAUCAACUUUGACCUGCCCAGUGAUAUUGAGGAGUACGUCCACCGCAUUGGGCGUACCGGCCGUGUGGGGAACCUCGGUCUGGCCACUUCCUUCUACAAUGACAAGAACAGCAACAUCACAAAGGACCUGCUGGACAUCCUGGUUGAGUCCAAGCAGGAAGUGCCCUCCUGGCUGGAGAGCCUGGCCUAUGAGCACCAGCACAAGAGCAGCAACCGUGGUCGCUCCAAGAGGUUCUCUGGUGGAUUUGGAGCCAGAGACUACCGACAGAUGUCUGGCGGUGGAAACACCUUUGGCAAUCGUGGUGCUCGUAGUGCGGGUGGCCAUGGAGGAAACCGUGGCUUCGGUGGAAAUAAAGGUGGCUUUGGGAGCUUUGGAAAUGAUGGCUACGGCGGGAGCUAUGGGGGCAGUUAUGGGGGCAACUACAACCAGGUGGACUGGUGGGGCAAUUAGAUAUAGAACCUACCUACCCACAGGGUUAUCACUAUGCCAAAACAGCAGAAAAGAAAAAUAAAUAAAAUGGGAAACCACAUGUUAAAAAAAACAAAAAACAAAAAAAAAACGAAACCUAGCCAGACCAUACUCCCUGCCCCUCUCAGCCCCUCCUCCCUACAUCCCUCUUAAAUGUGUAGCUUCAAGAACUCGCAGUGAGUCACAACCUGUGAAUUUAAUUUCCUCACAUUCUCAGAGGGAGCCCGGUGAGAAGACAAGGGGGCGAUGGUCGGCCUGACCAAAAAAAGAGUAGGAGCGUCUCCCACAAUCCCCCAAGCCCCCUCCUUGCCCGCCCAAGUUUCAAAAGGGAUGCCUACGCACUGUCGGUGUCCGGUGUAGAAUCUGGGACUUAACGUUUUUUAUUUUUAUUUUUCCCAACUGCACUUUUAUUUUUUAUUUCUUCAUAUGAAAAAAAUAAGAAAACAGAAGAAAUGAAAAAAACACACACACACACGCACACACAACGACAGAAAACCUGAGGAUCAUUCAUAAUGUUGAUGUACUGUGCCUUUCAAUUUAGACAGGAAUAUCUAUAUUUUUGUGUGUGUGUGUGUUAGCGUCAUUUCACCAAAAUGAACUCGGCCAAGAGCUCAAUUUGUUGACCGUUCUGAAGGCAUAAGAAACGUUUGUACUUAAGUCAAACCUUGGCAAACACUAGGAUGAUGCGACUCACCCAUGUCGCUGUUUCAUUCGAACCAAAAAAAAGAGGAAAGAUAAAUUCACCACAAGGAUAUCAUGUAAGCCUACAAAAGGGCCUGAUCACAAACAGCUUAUGGAACCACCGCAAAUGUGCGGUGAAAAAAUAGGUGGUGAUUCCUUGUGUGAAAACCGUACUCUAUGGGAUGAGUUCUCUGUAUGAAAAUUUUUGUUUUUGCUCACUCUAUCCUGGAUAGGCACCUAUUAAGGAUGUGGUUGUUGUCAAAAGGCCAUUCCAGUUGUGAUGGUAAUAGUCAUGACAAACAGGCGUCGAUAACAAAAUAGCCGAGGUGUGAACUAGUACCCAUGUGGUUCAGACCUACAAUGCUGGAACUUGUUACUCCACUUUGAAUUGACUUGACAGUGUUACGGCAGCUAGUAAGUAACCACAUGCUAGCCACUUCGAAGUGGGCAGUGUUUUUUGUUGAGUUAUUUUGAUUUGAGGCAAUUGGUUGGCGAUUUCGAUCGAUGCUAAGAUGGAGAAAAAAACAACAACUUUUUUUUGUUCGUUUUGAAGUGUCAACAGCAGAGGAAAAAAAGCUUUUUUUUUUUUUUCUUGUUUCAAUGAGAUGUUUCUUUUCACAAACAUUACGAAACAAAAAAUGGCUGCCACGUGGAACGAGAAGCUUGUAUAAAUAUGGCUGAGAAACUUAAAGGACCACGGCACCGAAGCGGCCCUAUUGUGUCCCAUCGAGGACGCACGGCUGUUGCGGUCUCAUGCGCAUGCUAGUGUUUUGUUUUUUGGUCAAGGAGACAAAAAAAGACAUGAAUUCAGUCGCAGGCUUCACCUUUUUUGAAUCACAAACGUUUUCUCUUUUUUUCAAGCUGCGUUGGAGGCAUUACUCCUUUUCGUCCCCGCACACCCCACCCCCUCUCUUCUCCAUAGACCUAAAUAAGAUGGGGAUCUGGCUACAGGAUUCGUAUUAGUUGAGAGCUAAGCUAUAGCUAUACAGGGGUGGGUGGAUGGGGGAGGACUUGGAGGGAUGUGGAUGGGAGUAAGGGUAAGAGCAGUUUUAUUUUUUUUUUGGUGGGCUUUGGCUUUUGGCCCUUGACGAGGAUGGGUGCUUUUAUGGUGGCCAAAUAAAAAACCUCGUGCAAUUGCCUCCCACUUAACCAUGUAGUUACCAGCUCCUCCGUGGAGCAUCUGUGCUUGUGGCACUUUCCGCAGCGCUGGCCGCUAUAGCCGGCGCCACCCUCAGUCUCCCUCACAGAGGGCGGCUGCUUUUGAAAGGAGGAGAAAACGGGCAUUUAAAAAUUUUACUUUUUUUAAGUGCAAUAGAUUUCUUCUCAAGCGAAGUUGUGCCUUGCCAUUUAGUUGUUUGUUAUUAUUUUCAUUUUAUUUCAACUGAUGAAGUAAAAGCGGAUGCACUGACAGUAUUGAGGAAAGGAAAACCUUUCAAAAAUCUUAAUUUAAACAAAAAAUAAUGAAUGGUGCUAUUUAAGUUUAGGUGUUUAGGCCCUUUGUUAUGCCCAUCAAGUUUUACAGACCGAUCUUCUUUUAUUGCACAUUUCGUUUUUUAUACAAAUGUCUUGAGUGUGUGUCCUCAAGCUUCCAAACAUUUUGUGUGUGUGUGUGUGUGUAUGUGAGCGUGGGACGACACGAAAUAACGCAGCUUGUUUACAAAAAGGGGAAAGGGUUCUCAACGUUCAACCAGGAAUUCUUUGGGACCAGGGGGCAGUAGCAGUGGGGGAAUUUAGCUAUUUGCACACAGAUUUCUAGAUUCUACUUUUGCUGCUAGUUUUGUGUAAUUUAUGAAGCAUUUUUUGAGAAAUAUUUAUUUUUGUAAGCCUCAAAGUGAUUCUUUGAAAGUUUCAAGAAACUUGACCAAAAGACCGUACAAAAAACACUGGCACUUGAAUGUUGAAUGUCAACUGUAUGCGUGAAAAUAAAUUUAUAUAUUUCGGGGUAGUGUGAGCUUUUUAACGUUUCAGACAUAUUGGACUCAAGUCAGUAUCCACAGCUGUUGAUGGCCUCUUGGCCGUUCAUUAUUUAACAACUUAAUAAUUGGCUCUCAAAAUUUGGAAUGGGGAUUUAACAAAAACCAAUCAGACAUGCCAAGGUUUGGAAUGAUGAUGAUGUCAAACAGAGCGAACAAUUUCCUAAAUGUAUUAGUGCAAACGAAAAAAAGUGUCCAGAUUCUCCAAUUGUGUGCAUUGUUUUCUCACUCCUUUUUUUUGUUUUGAUAUUUUUUUUCUUUCUUUUUCUUAAAGUUGAAAGAAAAUGAUUUGUUAAUGUUAUUUGGUUUCCAGUGAAUGUCUGGCACAUGGCAGUCUCAAAAACAUGUGGUUUUUUCUCUAUUGUUGCAUUUGCAUAUUACCGUGUUGCUGGAAAUUCUGUCUCUUAUGCUGACAUUUAGCGAGCUUUAGCUCCAGUGAUAAGUCUUAAUGAUGCGUGUCGACAAGUCAUGUCGCUUGCGGAAGAUGGUCGACGAAGGCAAAAAAAACAAUGUUUAAACAAACCCGGUCACAAGGCUCGCUGAAUGUCUAGAGAGGCACGUCCAGGACACUUAGAUUUAGUAUUUGCUUUCUGUAGUAGCUUAGAUGCCUAAUGCACUGCAUGAGAGGACUCGGCUGUGCGUUUCUUGUAUGAUUUUACCAAAAUAAAUGAAAAAAGAGAAAGUUUGAAAUGCAAAAGUACCUUACCAGUUAAGAAGCAUGUUUUCUAAAAAAUUGAAUAAAUUUAAUGUAGCAAGUUGGGGACGGGGGUAAACAAUAGGCAUUGUAGCAGCUGUUCUAAAUGUGGCUGAAAUAUGUCAAAAGUUGUUUGGAAAAUUAAAUUGGCUUAAAGUUCCUUCACUGAAAUAGAAUUACUUUUUAAAAAGAAA